GGGGUAGCGAGCAACUUUUUAAUAAAGUGCUACGUUCCCCUCACAAGUUUCAUUCUCUUGUAUUACCUUUCACCUUUUGCUUCUAUCUAUCUACCCCACCUUCUGAUUUGGAGAUCGAGAUUGGAUCUCAUCUCUCUCUCUAUCUAUUUACGUUUUCUCUUGUACUUAGUUUCGCCUCUUCAAGAGGUGUUGUCGUUGGAGAGAGGGGUUAGCGAACAGAGUCGAGGAUCAUCCUCUCCUCAUCGUUAGGAUGGCACCUCCUUCCUUCAUGGGCCUCAGUGGCCGCCCGCUCUCCAUCGCUGUUUCAGCGAUCUGUACUACCGGAUUCUUACUAUUCGGCUAUGAUCAAGGUGUUAUGAGCGGAAUAUUAACGGCACCAGCCUUUGCAGACGUGUUUGAGGAGACUAGGGACAACAGUACUAUUCAAGGUCUCGUUACAUCAAUCUAUGACCUUGGAUGCCUCUUCGGUGCUAUCUUCAUCCUUAACGUAGGAGACCAGCUUGGAAGACGACGAGCAAUAAUCGCGGGUGGAAUCAUCAUGAUCAUCGGGGCAGUUAUCCAAGUCACCGCUUAUCCAGGGCACGCACCAUUAGCUCAGUUCAUAAUUGGGCGUAUAGUAACCGGCAUUGGGAAUGGUAUCAACACAUCGACCAUUCCUACCUAUCAAGCUGAGUGCAGCAAGACAUCGAACCGCGGUCUCCUGAUCUGUAUUCAGGGCGGUACAAUUGCUUUUGGCACUCUUAUCGCCUACUGGCUAGACUACGGCGCGUCGUUUGGACCGGCGGACCUCGUCUGGCGUUUCCCUAUCGCCUUCCAGAUCGUGUUCGGAAUAAUCGUCUCUACUGCAAUGUUCUGGCUCCCAGAGAGUCCCAGAUGGCUCCUUACUCAUGAGCGAUACGAAGAAGCCAGCAAUGUGAUCGCUGCUAUUCGAGGGUAUGAAGUGGACAGCCAAGAGACAGCCACUGAGCGUGGCAUUAUCCUCGACUCGAUCAGGGCAUCUGGUGUAUUUGGUGGAAAGAGCACACCAUAUAAAGCUUUGUUUACAAAUGGCAAGACCCAACACUUCCGAAGAAUGCUCCUCGGUGCCAGUAGUCAGUUCAUGCAACAGGUCGGAGGUUGCAAUGCCGUCAUCUACUUCUUUCCAAUCCUUUGCGAGACUUUCAUCACUCCCGGCGAUCAUAAUAUGGCACUCUUGCUCGGAGGGGUCAAUGCCGUUGUAUAUGCCAUUUUUGCUACUGUAUCCUGGUUCCUCAUCGAACGUGUCGGUCGUCGUAAGCUAUUCCUUUGGGGGACAGUUGGCCAGGGGCUAUCGAUGGUGCUCGCCUUCGGGGCGCUGAUUCCAGGCACUCAAUCGGCUGCUAUUGGCACUUGCGUUGCGCUCUUCACAUACAUUGCUAGUUUUGGAGCUACUUGGCUACCUCUUCCCUGGCUAUAUCCCGCUGAGAUUAAUCCGAUCAUGACACGUGCCAAAGCCAACGCCGUAUCGACAUGUACAAACUGGCUGUUCAACUUUUUCAUUGUUCUGAUCACGCCAGUACUUGUUACCAAUAUCGGGUGGGGAACGUUCCUCUUCUUCGCAAUUCUUAAUGCUACCUUUAUCCCCGUGAUCUACUUUUUCUACCCCGAAACUGCCAGACGAUCUCUGGAGGAAAUCGAUAUUAUCUUCGCCAAGGGUAAUGUCGAAAAGAUCUCAUAUAUCAAGGCUGCCAAGGACCUACCCCUGCUCACAGAUGAGGAGGUAGAGCAAGAAGCUCUGAAGUAUGGUCUCCUUGACACUGCUGCUCGGGGUGCGAUUAGUGGUGCGAUCCGCGAUCCCGAAAAGGUAGACGCAGAAAUGAUCGAAAAAAAGAGUGUUGAGGACUCUAGAAGCAAGGAUGAAGCAUCAGCGUGAUGCUCAGUUGAGUAGAGGCUUGUUGCGCUGCACUUUACGCUUAGGUUGAAUUGAGGGCUUUGUACGAGAACAGCGGGCUAUUGACAAUCAACUAGCAGAAAGCUUGACGCGGGUUGGAUGUUACCGAAUCCAUUCAUUCCCGACGAAUUGCCUACGUAUAGAAUUAGUGGGCUAGGUUUAGAUAUUCACGGUCUAGAUUAUCUACAAGAAUCAUAUUUCACAUGAGCCUUUGGGUCAGUAUUCCUUGAGGUUCCGCUGCUUCAACACUAUCGGUGAAGGUGUUAUUGGGUAUGCUUUCCUUGGAUAAAUCCUGUAACAAAAGAACGGCGUCAAUCAUUGUAGAUAACCUACUCUCAGCCAGGUGCAUUCAAAGAGCUAUCAUUGCCUGCGUAAUU